UUUCUGCCGCUUGAAGGGAGAUUUGACCAGCAACCCUCCGACGACCACCACCCGGCUCGAUCCCCAUCCGUCACCAUGGCGAUCAAGCACAACAACCAAAUCCAGAAGAACCACUUCCGCAAGGAUUGGCAGAAGCGUGUUCGCGUGCACUUCGACCAGCCCGGCCGUAAGCACCGUCGUCGUGAGAACCGUCUCGCCAAGGCUGCUGCCGUUGCUCCCCGUCCGGUCGACAAGCUGCGUCCCGUUGUGCGAUGCCCCACCGUCAAGUACAACCGCCGUGUCCGUGCCGGCCGUGGUUUCACCCUGGCUGAGCUGAAGGAGGCUGGCAUCCCCAAGAAGCUCGCUUCCACCGUCGGUAUCUCCGUUGACCACCGCCGCACCAACUACUCCAAGGAGUCUCUGGUCGCCAACGUUGCCCGUCUCAAGGACUACAAGGCCCGCCUGAUUCUCUUCCCCCGCAAGAGCGGUCAGUUCAAGAAGCUCGACUCCUCCGCCGAGGACGUCAACGCCAUCAAGGCCGCUCUUGCCGACGGCAAGCGUGAGGGUAUCGCUACUCGCGUUGGUGCUACCUUCCCUAUCACCAACCCCGCCGUUGAGGACGCUGUCACCGACGUCAAGCGCGACUCUCUCCCCAAGGGUGAGGAGGCUGCUUACCGCCGCCUUCGUGAUGCCCGCGCUGAGGCCCGCCACCGCGGCAAGCGUGAGGCUCGCGCCAAGGCCAAGGCUGAGGAGGAGGCCAAUGCCAAGAAAUAA